GCGCUAAAUACCCACUGUGUUUAAUCAGUCCCCGACGAUCAUCCCCAUCAAGGCUGACGUUGUUGGGAGAUGUGAAAUGUACAAUUUGUGGUCGGUCGAUCUUUGGUCAGUCAUCUGUUUGCGUCGCUUCGGGAAAGUGUUCACAAAGUUUAGUUUGGGAUCGAUGGACUCGCUAGCACGUGCUCUGCUGCCCUAUCGGGAUGUGAUCGGCAAUGUGGCGGGAAUGCUGACUAUUGGUCAGUUCCUGAGUGGAUGUUUUACCUGUAAUAAGAUCCGGUUGAAGGGCAGCUCGGAAGGAUUCUCCGCGUUGCAGUUUGUGUUUGGGUGUGGAUUGACAAUCCUCCAACUGAAGUACUCGCAGAUGCUUCGGUCUGCACCGCUCAUUCGAACCAGUUCCUAUGCACUUGCUAUCUGCUUGGUCUACUCGGCAUGUUUCCUGUUUUACACCCCCUCCGGCAAAAGAAACGAUUUCUGGAAGUUGGUGAUGCGAACAACCCUGCUCGCCGGCGGUGCACUACUGUAUGCGGGUUUUGAAAACCCCGGCCUGGUGAAGGAUCGUUUUGGACUGUUGGUGACAAUUUUGACGCUUAGCUACAUCGGAUUGCCACUGCUUAAAUUGCGCGAAGUUAUUCGAAAUAAAAGCAGCGAAGGACUCCCCCUUCCAGUGAUCCUGGCGAGCACCGGAGCCUCGGUGCUGUGGCUUCUGUAUGGAAUCAUCCUGCACAACUACUUCAUCAUUGUUCAGAAAGUGAUAGCCCUCGGUUUGUGUGCGGUGCAGUUGUCGCUAUUUGUGAUUUAUCCAGCACCAGCAGCGACGGCGGCGGCAGUUCGGGCGCAGCACAAGAAGCCCAAAGGAGAAUAAUAAAGCUUACCUACCAAACCUUCCUAGGAACGAAAGCAAACCGGGCUUCGAUGCAAAGUCAACCAAGCGUGCUGUGAUAAGAAUGUUUGCGCAAAGUGUUCGACGAACGAUAAGAGGGCAGGUUGUGCUGGGCUAGGGACAUAUCUAUCUAGAGAACCUGGAGGGGACAAAAUGAAUGAACACAUUUUGUGAGUGGUAUCUAUAUCAGUGCGUAUAAUGCUACAACAGGUGAGCAUUGAAUUCAAAUAAAUUUAGUGAACACGCAA